AAGAGCUUUCCUACCUAAUGAUUCUCCCAAACUCCAGAAAUGGCUUAAUCCCAUCUUUUCUGCACGUGGUGUUUGGACAUGUAACUGAUGCUAUAGAAAUGAAAACAUAUGACAAAUGGAAACCUGUACCUGAAAGGAACCGUUUAAAACAGGAGAGCGCUUGACUGCAAAAUGGGAAUGCUUUGUUCAGUUGUAAAGUUUGAAAACCUCCAUGAACUGAGGAGGCUGUGCCACUGGGGCCCCAUCAUAGCUCUCAGUGUAAUAGCAAUAUGUUCUACCAUGGCUAUGAUCGAUGCUGUUCUGUGGUACUGGCCUUUGGACACAACAGGAGGAAGUAUCAAUUUCAUCAUGCUUAUUAAUUGGACUGUUAUGAUUCUUUACAACUACUUCAAUGCCAUGUUUGUUGGCCCUGGAUAUGUUCCUGUGGGAUGGAAGCCGGAAAACUCUCAGGACUGCAUGUAUCUUCAGUACUGUAAAGUAUGUCAGUCUUACAAGGCUCCACGCUCACAUCACUGCCGAAAGUGCAACAGGUGUGUGAUGAAGAUGGACCAUCACUGUCCUUGGAUCAACAACUGCUGUGGGUUUCAGAAUCAUGCCUCCUUUACUCUGUUUCUUCUGUUGGCCCCCCUAGGAUGUAUCCAUGCUGCUUUCAUUUUUAUCAUGACCAUGUACACUCAGCUUUAUAACAGGGUAUCCUUUGGCUGGAGUUCUGUAAAGAUUGAUAUGAGUGCAGCCAGAAGAGACCCCCACCCAAUUAUCCCUUUUGGAUUGUCCGCAUUUGCUGCAUCUUUAUUUGCCUUGGGACUGGCUUUGGGGACAACUAUAGCAGUUGGUAUGUUGUUUGCAAUCCAGAUGAAAGUUAUUUUAAGGAACAAAACUUCAAUUGAAUCAUGGAUUGAAGAAAAAGCCAAAGAUCGUAUCCAGUAUUACCAAACUAGGGAGACCUUUGUUUUCCCUUAUGACUUGGGAAGUAAGUGGAAUAACUUCAAGCAAGUAUUCACUUGGUCUGGAAUCCCAGAGGGAGAUGGCUUGGAGUGGCCUGUGAGGGAAGGUGCUCAUCAGUAUAGUCUGACGAUAGAGCAACUGAAACAAAAAGCUGACAAACGAGUGAGAAGCGUGCGGUACCGGGCAAUAGAAGACUACAGUGGUGCCUGCUGCCCUCUCACAAAAGGCUUGAGGACCUUCUUCACCACUCCAUGCACUGAAGAACCUAGAAUUGCACUCAGCAAAGGGGAUCUGAUUUUAGCCACUAGAGGCUUGAAACACUGGAUGUAUGGAGACAAAAUUACUGAUUUGACAACUGAUGAUGGGAAGAGAAUCAGAGGCUGGUUCCCAAGAAGGUGUGUAGAGAAAUGCCUGUAUGAUUCUGAAACUGAUCAACAGUUGGAUGGAGAGAAGAAAACAAGAUAGUGCUUUCCUGGCUUUGUAUUAGUAAAUGGAUUUUCCCCCUUUUGGACCACUGUCCUUUUACUUGAAC